UUCUGAUACACCUGCUCACCACGAAAAUGGAGUAUCAGAAACUAAGGAAAAUGAUGAGUAAAUUUAAGAAGAUUAUACUCUCGAGAAAGAUUGGCGACAGUUUGCCGCCAACUCUCGAGAUAGAAGAACCCAGCAGCUUGUUGAUUAAAGACGAUGAAGAAAACAAAGAACUAAAGGAAGAAAAUGAAGCAGAAGCAACAAAAGAAGAAGAAAAAGAAGAAAAGAAACUAAAGAACUUGGUUAUGGAAGAUUCGGAAGGCGACGGAGGAGGGGGAAAUUGUAACGUCGACGAUGUAGAAAAUGAGUUACUUUUUGGUGAACCUAAAUAUUUUGAUAAAAGUUGA